AUGGGGUCGUGGGGAGCAGAGAGGCCCGAGUGGAAAGGUCGCGGUCACCCGAGUUCACGUGAACCAAGCUCCAACGAAAUCCCGCCUUUCCCCGCGCGCUGGGUCUUUGUAGGGAAAAAGAGGAGCUCGUCCCGCUCCCUAUAUUGUGGCUGGGUAUCCGCUCCACAGUAGAACCUCGUGGUUAGGACGCGGCGCUUCUGUGAAAUGAGCAGAGGUUCCCCUGAGCCCUUAAGGAGCCACUGGGGGUCGAUGCUCGCUUUCUCUGUACAGCUUUUUAAGCACGUCCUGUAAGGGAUGGUAUGCUUAAAGACAGACGUAGAAUGUUCAAAGUGCUUCAGAUACUUUGUUCUCACAGUCCCUGCAAUAGCCCUGAAAGGCAGCAUCAGCCACGAGCCUGUGCUGUCAGGAUGCUGAAGGCUUCUUGCUCACAGCAAAGUGAGGCCUUGGCAAGCCCACCUCUAGAUAAUGCUCCCAAAGAAUACCCACCGAAGAUCCAGCAGCUAGUUCAGGACAUUGCUAGCCUCACCCUGUUGGAGAUCUCUGACCUCAAUGAACUGCUGAAGAAAACCCUCAAGAUCCAAGAUAUGGGAUUCAUGCCAAUGGCUGGGAUGAUGCCAUCUGCGCAACUAGCAGCUCCAGCAGCAGAAGAGGAAGAGCUGCCCAAGAAGCCAGAGAAGAUCCAUUUCACAGUCAAGUUGACUGAAAUGAAAGCUGCAGAGAAGGUGAAACUUAUCAAGGAGGUGAAGAACUAUAUACAAGGCCUUAACCUUGUCCAGGCAAAAAAGUUGGUAGAGUCUCUUCCUCAAGAGAUCAAGGCGAACAUCUCUAAAGAGGAAGCAGAGAAAAUCAAAGCUGCUCUGGAGGCGGCAGGAGGGACUGUGGUUCUGGAAUAAAUGGGUCGGCCUUGUCAGCCGAAGGACUAAAGCAGAGCAGGGGAAAGGCCUGCCUUCUCUUGCCCACCCUCAGCUUUAUUGUCUGCUGACUGGUGGAGGGUGCUGUACCGUUCCAAGAAACUCUGUUCCCUGCUUUGUUUUUUCUGGAAUGGGGUUUUCCACUGAGAUGGCCCAGUGCAUGAUAAACAUCUUCAGCACAAUGAGGUCUGCUAUUUGUACCAACACUGCAAAGAACUGAAUCUAUAAAGAAUAUACAUAAGGAAGAA